AUGAAUCUUGUUGGGCGAUUUUUCUUUGCGACCCGCCCGCAUAUCGCGUUAUUCAACGCUGUUUUCGCUAUCGCCGCCGCCGCCCGUCACCUGCUUCUCCUUGCUUCCUACAAAAAAAAAAAGCUGGCCCCGACGCGGAGAGACUACGGGGCCUUCCUGAACGGCGAAGCCGUCAUAGAGAUCACGUGCCGACGGCACGAUGAUGCCAGCCGUGAUGCUCACGGAGGGGACAUUUGUCCAUCCCAUGGCAGCAGGCUCUUCCCUCCCCUAAUCGGCGCGCGCCUAAGGGAGUACCCGUGCUGGAGAUCUUCGCAGAAAGGGCUACUGAUUGCGAUCGGCAUGACAUUUUUUGGGCUGUUCGACAUGUUUAUACGCCGAUUCUUGUGGUGUACUUUGUCUUCCUCAUGGCGUUCACCCUGUUCAAGGUUUGUCGGGAGAGGCGACGGGCGAGCGGAAGGCGAGUGUGGAUGCUAUGACGUGUAUCUCACGGAAGGGGCGACAAGAGAUGAUGCACUAUAGCGGCCGAAUUUAUGAGAGAGAAGACCGUAUUUUAGAGUGUUCGGCUGCUUGUCCCGGCCAUGAGGGAAACGUACCGGAAUUUGCCUGCUCGGUACCGGGGGGCGCUGUUCGGAAGGAUAUGUUUCGAUGCGAGUCACGACCCUGGCACGGACCGUCGGCUCGUCGAAGAAGUACGCAUUUGUGCCCUUGGGAGCAGGGAGGCGCGUUGGGGGAGAGGGGAGAUUGGAGGACUUAGGUGAAUGCUUCGGUGGCCUAUCCACCCGUAGCUAUGAUCAAUGCUGUCGCCAGGAUUUAGAAGAUUUUUUUCAUCAGCACGCCGUUGCGCCGCAGGGUGUUGUCGUC